CGAGGAUGCCCGGUACGGCUAUACGCUGCUAUACGAGCCCCUUGUGCGGAGGUAGGUCGACUGAUACACAUCAUUCCACGUCGAACGGCCGCUGCUGAUUUGUCUCACUGCUCGCCUUAUUCUCGUACGAUCGGGCAAGGCCGAACUAUUAUCAUAUCGAUAGGCGUUCUGCGGGACUCGUGUACGGUGUUGCAGUAUAAAAGCUUCUGAGGCUAGGGCAAUGUUUGCGUUACGAUCUACAUCUUACUCCCGUCCACACCUCAGGUCAGCCUUUACUCGCGCCAUGUCUUCACACGAAGUUGUCAUUGUUGCUGCCUCGCGUACCCCUGUCGGUUCACUGAAUGGCGCGUUGAAGACCCUGACUGCCCCUCAGUUGGGUGUCGUGGCACUCAAGCAUGCUCUUGAGACUUCCAAGGUUGACCCGGCAGUUGUCGAGGAAGUCUACUUCGGAAAUGUCGUGCAGGCUGGCGUCGGGCAGUCGCCUGCAAGACAGGUUGCUUUGGGCGCCGGUCUGAAGACUUCCUCUGAUGCCACGACGAUCAACAAGGUCUGCGCCUCUGGCCUCAAAUCGAUCAUGCUGGCCGCGCAGAGCAUCUCGAGUGGCUACAGGAGUGUAGUUGCUGCCGGUGGUAUGGAGAGUAUGAGCAAUGCUCCUUUCCUCUUGCCGCGUCAAAACCCCCUCUUUGGCAAGAUCACCGCCCAGGAUUCUCUUGAGACGGACGGCCUAUGGGAUGUUUACAACAACUUCGCCAUGGGUAAUUGUGCCGAACACUCAGCCGACAAGUACGAAAUCACCCGCGAGUCUUUGGACACCCACGCUAUCGAGUGCUACCAGCGCGCUGACCGCGCAUGGAAGUCCGGAGCGUUCGAGAAGGAGGUCGCACCUGUGACGAUCAAGGGCAAGAAGGGUGAUACGAUCGUUAAGGAGGAUGAGGAGUACAAGAAGGUUAUCUAUGAGAAAAUCCCCACGCUUCCACCAGUCUUCAAGAAGAACGGUGGAAAGAUUACUGCUGCCAACUCUUCAAAUCUGAAUGACGGUGCUUCUGCAUUGAUCCUCAUGUCUGCUGAGAAGGCGAAGGAGUUGGGUGUCAAACCCUUGGCUAAGAUUCUUUCUUAUGCCGAUGCCGGUGUUGACCCCAUCGAUUUCCCGGAGGCACCUGUACACGCCGUACCCAAGGCACUGAAGUCGGCUAACCUUUCGGUCGAUGACAUCGCUAUCUUCGAACUGAACGAGGCUUUCUCUGUUGUGCCUCGGAUAGCGGAGAAGGUGUUAGGCGUUGACCCGAAAAAGAUCAAUCCUAACGGUGGUGCGGUCGCACUCGGCCACGCCAUCGGAAACUCCGGCGCUCGUAUCGUCGUCUCCCUGGUACAUGCGCUCAAGUCAGGAGAGUACGGCGCCGCUGGUAUCUGCAAUGGGGGUGGUGCGGCAUCAGCGCUGGUCAUCCAGAAGCUAUAAUUGGACCAUUGGCUGCCACAUUUUUCCUAAGGGCAUCGAGGACGACGGGAGGGACAAUGAUUGUAUUACUGUCAUAUUUGUAUAUCCAUAGGAAUUUGUAGACGUGCGUCGAAUCUCUCUGUUGCUCAGAUGUUCGACGUGAAUUUUCAGCAGUGUUCGUUGGGUGCA